UGCGAUUCGGUAACCUUUUUAACGACAUUCGCAGUGGCUAAUUUAGCUAAACGAUAAUUUUAAAGAUUUUGCUAUUCAAUAAGUACUUUCUUAUCGAUAUUCGAUAAGUGAAAAUCAGCUGUUUCGUUAACGAUUCGUUUAUGGUUAAGUUAUCGACAUCUCAUUUGGUGUUGUUAAGUUUGUGUUAACCAAACGAAUUUGCGCGCAAGUAUAUCCAAGUGAAUUUAUAUAAAAGAAAUGGCGUUUGAAUAUGUGGCGUAUAGUUUACACCGAAAGUAUGGAGUCAGAAAUACCCCCACAGUGGAUCGGCGUUUGCUCGGGGACAUUCACGAUCCAUUUGAGCUGGCGCCUUCCGAGUUCCGGAAGCUAUAUCGUGUGGGCCCAGAGACUGCAAUGGAGCUCAUCCAGCGGCUGGAAAUCCAAUUGAAAGGUAAAAGGAUUACCUCAAUAUCGGCGGAAAAACAGGUUUUGUGUACACUACGCUUCUAUGCCACAGGAUGCUACCAACGGCCUGUAGGGGAACAGUGGGGCAUAUCAAUGAGCCAAUCAUCUAUAAGCCGUUGUAUACAUCGCGUAACUGAUGCCAUAAACAGUGGACUAUUUUUUGAGGAGGUUAAGUUCCCUAUGACGCAGGUGGACCGUCAAGCUGCCAAGGAAGUGUUUGCUUCAGCACCUGCGCCUUUCGUUGGAGGAACUAUUGGAGCGGUAGACUGCACGCAUGUUUCUAUUUUGGGUCCUAAAACUCAUGAGGAAGCAUACGUGAACCAUCAUGGCUAUCACUCGAUAAAUGUUCAAAUGAUAUGUGACCCAAAUUUAAAAAUACUCAACGUCAAUGCUAGGUUUCCGGGAGCACGACAUGACUCUUACAUUUGGAGUUCCUGUCCAGUGCGGCGAGUCAUGCAGAGAGCUUUUGAUAAUGGAAACCGCAACAUUCUUUUGAUUGGCGAUUCUGGAUACCCCUUAGAGCCAUGGCUCAUGACGCCUUUACCGAACCAACCUGAGGGUACUCCUAAGUUUCGGUACAACGAGGCGCUAUGCAAAGCUCGAAAUCCAGUAGAGAGACUAUUUGGAGUGCUUAAAGGAACUUGGCGAUGUUUAUCACAACAACGAGUGUUACUCUACGAUCCUGGUUUUGCUGGUAAGGUUGUAAAUGCGUGCUCAACCUUGCAUAAUAUCCGUUUGCGCGAGCAAAUAAAUGAAGUCGAUAAUAAUAUAAUAUUAGAAGUAGAAACACAUGUACAUGCAGACGGUACCGACUAUAAUUCAAAUUCGGUAUCUUCCAUGGGAAAACGUGUCCAAGACCGAUUAAUUACUAAUUUUUUCUCCUAAAUACUUUUUUUUUGGGGCAUUUCAUCUAAAAUU